AUGGAUAAUUUUUGUAAUUAUAUAGUGAAUAAAUCUAAUAAUAGUAUUGACUUAUGUGUUAGUUAUCAAUGUGAUAAAUAUGUUGAUCCAUAUUCAAUUAUGGUUACACCAAAUAAUUGUAAAACGAAUAUACUUUACUUAUCAUUUUCAUCAUAUAAAAAUUAUCGUUUAUUUCUUGAUCGAACUACAUGGAAAUUAGGUGAUUUAUUUUCAUCAAAAUCAAUUUUAAGAAAUCGUUUAUUGAGAAUAUUUAUUGAUUAUAUUGAUAAUGAUGAUCAACCAGUUCAACAUAAUGAAUUAAUUCGUUUAGGAAAUCAUAUUGAUUUAUAUGAAUUAUUUAUUAAAAAUCUUUCUAACAAUCAUUAUCUUUAUCAAUCAAUACAUUAUGAUAGAAAUUAUCCUCAAUGGUAUAUUAUCAAAGUUCAAUUUAUUUGUAAUUCGUUAAUGAUAUUUAAUGAAAAUGCAUGUUCAAGUCAAAUAGUAGCUCCACCAUUAUUUUCUAGUCAACAUAGAUUAUUAACUAAAAAGGAAAAUUCUCUAUUGAAUGAUUCUUUUGAAUAUUCUUCAUUAAUAACUCAUUCUAAUGAUCAAUCAUAUAAACAAAAUAAAAGAUCAAUUUAUAUUAUAAUUAUAUUCAAUAAUUGCAGAGAAUGUUGUGAAUGUGGAUCAAAUGGUAAAGCCUAUAAAAUCAGUCGAUUGCCAUCACCACACAAAGAGUCAAUAUACAAAGAAACACAACGACAUUUAUGA